AUGCCCACUUCUACAGAGUUCUUUGGUGUUACUGCCCACAAUCUGGGUCCAUUGACUACAACCUUCACAGCCCCUUCAGCCUGUGCAACUGGCACAGAUCAUCAUGUCAUCGUCAACGGAAGCGCACCAAACGAAUUCUGGGGCCAACCGACGUGCGGCAUCAAAGAUCGUGGUAGCUGCAUGCCCAAUGGGAAAUCUUACGAUUCGCUGCGAAGUGUAACGACGCCGUUGGAUCGGGUAUGGUAUCAUUAUUACUCGCCCGGCAUAGCCUGUCCAUCUGGUUGGACUACCGCCGGUAAUCUAGUCAAAGACGGAGAUUCAUCUCUUAGCGCAUCCGGUGUUUUUUCGCGCCCAUUACGGACAGCUACCUUUGAGGCUCAACCACUCGAGCCUUCUGACUUCUGGGGCCAAAUCAUGAAUGUCUCAGAGACGAUAGCCUUGUGCUGCCCGAGUGAUUACGUGGCCGACCCCCAAGGAAACUGUUUCUCAACGGUCGGUCCAAUGAGUGAAUUUAACUAUUCAUCCAUGUGCUACAGCCCGGCGCCCGUGCAAGUGAUAACUGUCACGAGUGUGGAUGGCGCUUCGUUGACAAAGCCAUUGAUUUCUUUCGACGUUCAGUCAACAGCAGCAGCUUCGACAUAUGAAGAUGAUAGACUGAUUACUCAUUCACGAUAUUCAUCUGAGCUUGUUGUUGCUACCUGGGUGCCUUUUGUGCCUUUGGUUCACCAACAGUCUGAUCUGGAUGAGGCUGAGGAGGAGGAUGAUGGUGAUGAGAAUGAUGACGGAGAUGACGGUGACAGUGAGGGUAGUGAUGGAAAUGCUGCUUCCACUAAGGCUCCUGGAAGUGGAGUUGUGAGUGUUCUUGGAUUGACUCUGGGUAUCUUGGCUGGAAUGGGCAUGCUUCUAUGA